CAGACGCAAAUAGGCCGGGCUUUAAUUAAUAGGGCCUACAGUUCUUUAAAUAGUUUUAAAUCGGUAUUUACUUGUUCAGUUUAAAUAUACAAUUAAAUUGCAUCUGUAUUUUUGCUAAAUAAUCGCAGCCUGAGACAAGCGAUCGGAGGUGAUAUUAUCUGAAGAUAAAAAAUAAGUAACUAAACCGGAUAGCUAGUUCAUGCUAGCUAAAUUAAAUCGCUGGGCGCCAGUCUUUUCAUUUGCAGACAUUGCUAGCUCUGCACGUUUCCUUGUUGUUGUUGUUAGCGACCGCGUUUGCUAACUGCUACAUUUCAGCAUUACUUGCUAGCUACAGUUUUUAGCUAGAAGAAAGCAACCAGGCAUGGCGGAAUUCCUCGAAGAUCCGUCUGUUCUCACCAAGGAUAAGCUCAAAAGUGAGCUCACGGGCAACAAUGUCCCACUUCCCAGCUCCGAACAGAAGAAAGAUGUUUACGUCCAGUUGUACCUGAAAAACUUGACCGUUCAGAACAAGAAAUGUCCACCAUCUGUAGACACGUUCUCCAGUGAUGAAGAAUUGCCUGCCCCUGUAGUCUCCAACAAGAGCCGAUCUGGAAGAAAAGCUACCAGGAAGACAGACAAGCCUCGCUCAGAAGAAGUGGAAGUCACAGACCUCACCGAUGCAAGUUUGAAAGAUGAGCUGUUGAAGCAUGGAGUCAACGCUGGACCCAUAGUUGGCUCCACCAGGAAGCUUUAUGAGAAAAAGCUUCAGAAGCUACUGGAUACACCUGCAGCUGAGACUACGCCCAGCCCACCUGAAACUGCCACAGUUAACGCUGCAGCCAAGGCAGAUGGCAACCAGAACGGCAACACAUACUCUGGCCAGUACAGUGACAAGGAGGAAGAUGAGAUAGGUACUGCUACGGAACCAGAGCCUGUUCCUGUUGUGGAGAAGCCUGUGAGGAGCGGAGGAAAGACUCCUGUCACUGUUAGGAACAGCAGCAGACGGAGCAGCAAGCUACAGGUGGUGGAGGUGAGCCUAGCAACUGGCGACCAGACCCCUAAGAAGACGAGGGAGAAUGUUGAAGAGAUUCUCGCUGAGAUCCUUUCACCCACAGGCAUCAGCGCCAGCUGCAGGCGACCUAUUCGCGGCGCGGCGGGCCGACCGGUGAAACCCAGCAACUACUGGCUGAACGAGACUCUCCUGGAGCGCUCCAUCUAUACAGAGUCUUAUUCUGAAUGCAGCUCCUUGGGCUCCAACGUGCCGGCCAGGCCCGGCUUCCUCUCUGUCCUACUAAAGCUCAUGGUACUCGUCACUGUAGCUGGGUCCAUCUACUUCGCCAUUCAGCACCUCGAUGCAGAUCAGGUUCAGGCCUUCAAGGGAAUGCUAACCAAUGCCAAGGGUCACCUGAACAGCGCUAAGGGUCAUCUGUGUAGCACGGUUGAUAAGAUGGUGGAUGCCGUGUUCGAUAAUGUGAUUGUGCCGCUGGGUAUCGGGGGAGGCAGCAGCCAAGGUGCAGAAGCAGAGAGUGGCGGCAGGUUGUCCAAUUGAGGUCAGAACCCCGGUUAUUCAACAGACCACCUGGCCACUGCUCUGCCAUCCACACCUCACUAGCUCACCACACCCCCUCCAUCGUCAUCCUCUGGUCACCACAUUGGAGGACUGACUGACUUUUAAUCUGGGCUGGUAGACUAUCACCCUGUCCCCUCCUUGUUCGCUUUUCCUCACCCCACGUGAGGAGAGGAGGAGGGGUAUUCAACCCAACCAGGAGAGCAGGAGGGGUAUUCAACCCAACCAACUCCAGCUUCCUGGAAAACCAACACUGUCUUGCCAAGACAGUCUGAAGAGACUUUGUUUUUAUUAUUAAGUUGUUUUUAAUUGUAGUGUGAAGUCUAUGUUGUGUAUUCUUUGUGUGUGUAUUUUUUAGAAAGGACAGACAAGUCGUAUGCAUGGUUGUAGUUUUUGAAGGACAUGUUUGUAGUUUUUGGAGUGUCUGUGGUGCCAGGUGUUUUUCUGAUGGUGAAGUGCAUGCACAGUGAUAGCACUUAGUGCCAGUGUAGGUGUCCAUUACAUUUCAAUUCCAGUCAAUUCAGAAAGUAAACAAUUCCAAACGUUCCUCAUUAAAAAGCAUGGAAGAGAAUUGGAAUUCCAGUGUACUUCCUGAAUCGACUGGAAUUUACAUGGAAUUUACCUCAACCCUGCUUAGUGCCCUCCCACUAAUUCAAGCACAAAGAAAUGCUAUUAAUUACGGAAACAUUUACAAGUAUUUCUGUAUUGGUUUUUGAAUAUACACUAGUAGUAAUAAUAAAGCUAGGUAGAAUAAUGGUGCUCAGGUCUAUUCUAAUCUGCUCUAAAUUAAUCUGAUCAGUGCUGGGAGGAGUGACAGUGUCCAAUAGUGUAUCUUCAGGUCUCGUCACUGUAUGAGGAAAAACCCUUAUUUUCAAGCUAUAAAGGUUAUAAAACUGAUUUUCUUUGGUUAAAUUGCUCGUUUUUGGUAUAUGCUGCAGUAACUAAGUAAGUGGUCUGACCUUUGAAUGGUUCAUGAUGGCACCUGACUUGACGGGCAGUGACCCAAAUCCCAGUAUAGCUUUGUGAGUUUGUGUGAGUUUACGUACAUGUUUCAUUUAGUAGUGAUUUGUUGUGCUAAAGAUUCCAGAUCUUCCAGUCCCAUCUCCCGGGUCAUGUUCAGUAGGGCACCGUAGCAAAAUGGGUAUAAUCCUCCCUGUUUUAAUGUGUGUCCCUUUUAAUGUCCCUGUUUGUUGCCUAAGGAACAUGACCCAAGACUGGCUGUCUUUUUUAGUGCACCCACACUGCCCUUCUAAGCGGUUCUGCACACUACUGAUCUGGGAAGAAUAACGUUUUUGCAAUAGGUAGUUGAGCAAAUAUACGAGUUAACAAUGUAUUCCAUUUUGUUACUUGGAUUAUAAAUUGAAAUUUACUCUGCCUCAUGUACACUUCAUUGUCAUAGAAGAGGUAACACUAAAGGGGACAGUAAAACAAUUGACUGAGGAGAGACAAAUGGUAAUAUUGAUAGUAACUUAACUUAUGUUGACCAUUCAUAGAAUUUUGAUGUCAAGAUGUUGAAAUUUUUGUCCAGUGUUGAAAAUAAGUAUUUUUUAUUUCUGUAAUUUUCUAAUGUGAAUUGUUAAUGUUGGUCUUUUGUCUAGGUGAAAGUGAUUUAUUUUUAUUUUUUUUAAAUGCUAUCCUAAAACUGAACCUCUGUUGACUUGUGGUUACACAGUGAAUAUAUUAAAGAUUCAAUGUUUUUGACUUUAAUCAGGCAGCUAGCUUCCCAACGAUGGACAGAUAUGAUAGGGAUUGUGGGGGUAAGGAUUUUGAAUCUGUUUUUAUUUAAAAUACUAUCAAGAAAUAAAUGUGGUAAUUCAAUUGUC